AUGUCAACUCUCCCUCUUCUCUCUCCCGCCAAAUUGGCUCCAACGUCUCACAAACCCAGAAAUCCUUCUACCAAAAGAACGCAAUUGAUUAAAACCCUAAAAAACCCCACUUUCGAACCUCUAAAGGACCGACUAAUCCGUUUAUCCAAUGUGGGGCAGAUUCAAGAAGCAAUUUCAGUCCUUGAUGUUAUGACCCAACAACACCAGCUCACCCCAGACCUCACUACCUUCUCCGUCCUCCUUAAAUCGUGCAUCCGAACCCGAAAUUUUGAACUUGGCAAGCUUGUUCACUCGAAACUCAACCAAUCUGGAAUAAAACUGGACGCAAUUGUAUUGAACUCGCUCAUAAGCUUGUAUUCCAAAUGCGGGGAUUGGGUUACUGCUAAAACUAUAUUUGAUUCCAUGGGUGAUGAUCGAUUGAGGGAUUUGGUUUCUUGGAGUGCCAUGAUAUCUUGUUUCGCGCAUAAUGGAUUCGAAUCACAAGCGUUGCUGACUUUUAUUGAGAUGCUAAGGCAUGGGGAAUCCCCAAAUCAGUUUUGUUUGUCGGCCGCGAUUCAAGCGUGUUGUAAUGGAGAAAAUGCUUGGAUUGGAGAAGUGAUUUUCGGGUUUGCGAUUAAGACCGGAUACUUUGAAUCUCAUGUUUGUGUUGGAUGUGCUUUGCUUGAUUUGUUUUCGAAGGGGUUUCAUGACUUGGAGUCUGCAAAGAAAGUAUUCGAUAAAAUGUCUGAGAGAAAUUCGGUUACAUGGACUUUACUGAUCACUAGAUAUGCACAAAUGGGACAUCAUGAAGAUGCAAUUCAUUUGUUUUCAAGUAUGCUAUCAUCUGGGUUUAUGCCCGAUCGGUUUACUUUAAGCAGUGUAGUGUCUGCCUGCGCUGAAUUGGGAUUCGUUUCCGUUGGUCAGCAAUUGCAUUCGUGGGUGAUUAAGUCAGAUUUGUGUUCAGAUGUCUACACCGGGUGUAGUCUCGUGGACAUGUAUGCAAAGUGUGCAACCACUGAACCAAUGAAGGAUGCUACAAAAGUUUUCGAACGGAUGCCUAAUCAUAACGUGAUGUCAUGGACCGCAAUCAUUACAGGAUAUGCACAAAGUGGAGGUCUCGACACAGCCGCCAUUCAACUCUACAAAAAUAUGAUCACACAAGGUCAUGUCUUCCCAAACCAUUUCACUUUCUCCAGCCUUCUAAAAGCAAGCGGAAACCUUUCGAAUCUUGAAAUCGGUAAACAAAUUCAUACCCACACAGUGAAAUCUGGUCUUGCGUCUGUGAACUGUGUUGGGAAUUCACUUAUCACUAUGUAUGCUCGAUCCGGUAUCAUGGAAGAUGCCCAAAAGGCGUUUGAAGUUCUACUCGAGAAGAAUUUAAUCUCAUACAACGCGAUUGUAGACGGGUAUGUUAAAAACACGGAUUCUCACAAAGCUUUCAAGAUGUUUAAUCAAUUUGAGGAGACAAAAGGUACAGAGGCGGUUGAUUCUUUCACAUUUGCCAGUCUACUAAGUGCAGCAGCCAGUCUCGGUGCUCUUGGAAAGGGCGAGGAGAUGCACGCACGGUUAAUAAAGUCGGGAUUUGCUUCGAACCAAAGGGUAUGUAACGCUUUGAUCUCAAUGUAUUCAAGAUGUGGGGACAUUGAAGCAGCUUCACGGGUUUUUAGCAAAAUGGAAGAACGGAAUGUCAUAUCUUGGACUUCAAUUAUUACCGGUUUUGCAAAACACGGUUUUGCUACAAAUGCCCUGGAGAAGUUUGAUGAAAUGGUUAACGCAGGCGUGAAGCCAAAUGAAGUCACGUAUGUUUCUGUUUUAUCGGCUUGUAGUCAUGUAGGAAUGGUUGAUGAGGGUCUAAAACACUUUGAUUCCAUGUACCAUGAGCACAAGAUUAACCCAAAGAUGGAACAUUACGCGUGUGUGGUUGACUUAUUGGGAAGAUCCGGUUUUCUUGUAAAAGCUCUCGACUUUAUCAAGUCAAUGCCUUUCAAGGCUGAUGCUCUUGUAUGGCGAACAUUACUUGCAGCCUGUCAAGUCCAUGGUGAUGCAAAACUUGGAAAAUUAGCUACAAAAAUGAUUACAGAACAGGAUCCGGAUGACCCAUCUGCUUAUAUCUUGUUGUCUAACUUAUAUGCUUCAAAGGGUGAAUGGGAUUCGGUCGUUAAAAUCCGUAAAACCAUGAAAGAAAGGAACUUGAUGAAGGAAGCAGGCUGCAGCUGGAUAGAAGCUGAGAAUCAAUCGCAUAAAUUUUUUGUAGGGGACACGUGUCAUCCUCGUGCCCAUGAGAUAUACAAAGAGUUGGAUGAAUUGGUGAUGGAGAUAAAGAAACUGGGGUAUGUUCCGGAUACGGGUUUUGUUCUUCAUGAACUGGACGAGAAAGAAAAAGAAGGAUAUUUGGUUCAGCAUAGUGAGAAGAUUGCUGUGGCGUUUGGAUUGAUAAGUAGUAUGUCAAAAACGAAACCGAUAAGGGUGUUGAAGAAUUUGAGGGUAUGUGGAGAUUGUCACACUGCAAUGAAGUAUAUAUCGGUGGCAAGGGGAAGAGAAAUUGUGGUUAGGGACUCCAAUAGAUUUCAUCAUUUUAAGAAUGGGUCAUGUUCUUGCAACGACUAUUGGUGA